AUGGCAGCCGCGCUCGCAGCACCCUGCGCUCUGCCCGAGCCUUCCCCCGCGGAUCUGUGCGCCCUGCGCCGGCAGCUCGCCAGCAGUGAGACGGCGGCGGCGCUGUUGGCGCGGGUGCGGGCGCGCGGAGAGGCGCGGGGGGGCGCGCGGACGGGGUUCAGCGUGGUGGACGAGCACCGGGGCGUGGCGGAGGGGGGCAGCGGGGGAGUGACGGAGGUGGUGGGCGGCAGUGGUAGCGGCAAGACGGAAGUGCUUAUGCUGCUGGCAGCGGCGCAUCUCCUGCCUCUGCCCCCACGCCCCGCCCACCCACCUGCCGCUGCUGCUGCUGGUGGUGGCAGCAGCGGGUGGGAGGCAGCAGCAGCGGGGGGAGGGGGAGCGGUGGUGGCGUACAUGGACCUGGACGCGCGCUUCCCCAUGCCACGCUUCAUGCUCCUGCUGCACGCCCGCGCCAUGCAGUGCGUGCUUGAUGCCCAUGAGUGCUCGCCACCACAAGCAUGUGAGCAGCAGCAGCAGCAGCAGCAGCAGCAGCAGCAGCAGCGUGUGGAGAGCUUGGUGCAAGCAGCGCUGAGUCGUUUCCAUCUGCUGCCAUGCCGCAACACAUGCCACUGGCUCGCAUGCCUCAAGUCCGUGUCGUCCCUGCUGCCCGUGUGGCGCGCACAGCAGCACGAGCACCUCCCUGCAGUGGGCAACAGCAGUGCAGGGGUCAAUGCAGGCGUGGGGGCAGGGGCGAGUGAUGGCCAUGCGGGGGAGCAGGCGGAGAGAGUGGAGUGCGUGGGGGCUGGCGAGGCGAGUGGCUUGCAGGGCGAGCAGAGAGGGGGUGCAGGGGAGGUGGCACUGCAGCAUGGGGGUGCCCAGGUGGCGCAGUGGAGUUGGUUUAGCCCUGCAGCCAGUGCAGGGCAGCAGAGCAUGUCGUGUCAUCUCACCCACUGCUCACCUCUGCUGCUCAUUGACUCCAUAGGAGCCUUCUACUGGUUGGACCGGGCUGUUCCUCCUGCCCAUGCGCCAAGCGACCACGGAGGCAAGCUGCUGACGUGGGUGACAGCAGCAGAGGUGGCAGCACGGGAGCUGCAGCAGCUGUCACAGUCGCACAGGGUGGCCGUGGUUGCCGCCCGCACCGCCAUCUUUGGUGCUCGCUCCCUCCCCCCUGCUGCUGCUGCUGUUGGAGCAGCACGUGAGCCAUCGAAUGUGCCAGGCGAGGCUGCUGCCCCCGUGGUGCCACUGCAUGUGCCCCCACGCGAGUACAUGCCCGCUGCAUGGCAGUGUCCAUCCCCCCUCUGCAGGCCAUUGUCUCACAUCGCCUCUCCCUUGCGGGCCCAUUCUCGCCCUUCGACCCUCUCCAACCUUCGCAGUCCCAGUGUGCUCCCACGCAACAAGCGCCGCAGCAGCUCUUCUCCGCGUGCUGGAUGUGCCCAUCGCAAGCAGCGCAUGCACACCUGCCCGCACAUGCACGGCAGGGGAGCAGAGUGCCUGUGUGCGCCCACAGAGAGCACGCUGCUGCAGACAUGCCCCUCACGCACCCUGCCUGCACGCUCUUCCACAUCACUCAG